AUGGUGUGUGAAAAGUGCGAGAAGAAACUGGGCAAAGUGAUCACCCCCGAUCCAUGGAAGGCUGGUGCGAGGAACACGACCGAGGGCGGUGGGCGAAUGAUCAACGAAAACAAAGCGCUCACGGCCAAGAAAGCGAGGUUCACACCAUUCGGAAACUUCCCUCAGUGCCGAAUAUGCAGGCAGAAAGUGCAUCAAGUGGGAUCUCAUUACUGUCAAGGAUGCGCCUACAAAAAGGGAAUAUGUGCCAUGUGUGGCAAGAAGAUUCUGGAAACUAAGAAUUACCGGCAAUCAUCAACGUGA